GUUUUGUUUUAUUUUGCGUCGGACCUUGUUCUGUUGUUAAAUUCGUCAGGACUAAAGUAUUUGCAUCGUAGAGUGAUCGCUUAUCAGAAGAGUGUAAAAAAAAUACAAGGGCAGACAGAUGAUCCAGAAAAACGUUGUCAUUAAUGGGCGAGCGGCAGUACCUGGACCGAAAACAGCAGAGAAUGAGGUCGCCGACAACAACAUAAAGAUGAGAGUGAAGCUGGAACGCGUCCUCGGCUUGACCGUCACGUCAAAUGCGGCUCUGGCCUGUGAUCACAAUACUGGAACCAUCGCCUAUCCUGCAGGAUGUUCCGUGGUGUUGUUCCACCCGCGCAAGAACCGCCAAACUCACAUUGUCAACCCGUCGCGGAAGACGCUAACGGCGGUGGCCUUUUCGGCUGAUGGCAAAUACCUAGUGACGGGCGAGUGCGGUCACCAGCCGUCCGUCCGCAUCUGGGACCUGGCCGACAGGAGCCAGGUGGCCGAAUUUGCUGGGCACAAGUUCGGCGUUGUAUGCGCGGCUUUUUCGCCGAACCACAAGUACGUGGUGUCGGUCGGAUCGCAGCACGACAUGAUCGUCAACGUGUGGGACUGGCGAAGCGGCGUCAAAGUGGCCUCAAACAAAGUGUCGUCCAAGGUGAAGGCCGUUUCCUUCGCCGAAAACGGAUCCUAUUUCGUGACGGUGGGCAAUCGGCACGUCAAAUUUUGGUACCUGGAAUAUUCCCGUUCGGCCAAGUAUAAGGAGCCUGUGCCGUUGAUGGGCCGUUCGGCCAUAUUGGGCGAACAGCGCAACAACUAUUUCUGCGACGUCGGAUGCGGUCGAGGCGAGAUGGGAGACUCGACGUACGCCAUUACCAAGACGGGACUCCUCUGUGAAUUCAACAACCGUCGGCUGCUGGACAAAUGGGUCGAAUUGAGGACGUCAAGUGCCAAUUGUUUAGUGGUGGGCGAGCAGCACAUCUUUGUCGGCUGCGCUGACGGCAUCGUCCGCUGUUUCAGUCCGUUCACGCUGCAGUUUGUGACGACCCUGCCGAGGACGCACUACCUCGGCGUCGACGUGGCCAAAGGUCUCUCCAUCAGUCACAUGGCCUCGCAUCCGGCCAAUGCCAAAUAUCCGGACACGGUGGCGCUCACCUAUGACGAGACAAACCACAAGGUGGCUUGCGUCUACAGCGAUCGCAGCCUCUAUUUGUGGGACGUCACCGAUAUCCGCAAGGUUGGCAAAUCGCAUUCGUUUUUGUACCACGCUGCGUGCAUCUGGGGCGUCGAGUCGUACCCCUCGUCCAAAGAAGGCAUGAAGGGCGUUCUGCCCACUGGCUCGUUCGUGACCUGCUCCAGCGACGAUACCAUCCGCGUCUGGAAUCUCGACCCCAACAUGGGCACCAACACCAUCUACCGGCGCAACAUUUACAGCAACGAUCUACUCAAGACCUUGUACGUGGAUCAAGACUUGGCCUUCCUGAAGGAUCAAGAUCUGGCGGCAGGCGGAUCGGCCGACAAAACCGAUUCGACUUAUGACGCCCGCAACGGAGUCCGAUGUAUCCGGAUCAGUCCGGAUGGCAAACACCUGGCUUCGGGUGACCGAGCCGGUAACAUUCGGAUUCACGACAUGCAAUUCAUGGAUCAACUCUACAAAAUCGAAGCCCACGACGCAGAAGUGUUGAGCUUGGAAUAUUCACGACCCGAAUCGGGCUUGAGACUUUUGGCUUCCGCUUCGCGCGAUCGUCUCAUUCACAUCUUUAGCGUCGAUCAGGGCUACAGUUUCGUCCAGACGCUGGACGACCAUUCAUCGUCGAUCACUUCUGUGCGUUUCGUUUUGAGUCAUGGACUCUUUCAGAUGGUCUCUUGCGGUGCCGACAAGUCGCUCAUAUUCCGCCAGCUGCAACAAGCGAAUGGCAACAGCCAGGUGCAGUUUGCCCGAGGACACAAUAUCGUUGGAAAGACUACCUUUUAUGAUAUGGAAUCGGACCAGAGCCAGAAACACAUUUUGACGGCCUGCCAGGAUCGCAGCGUGCGCGUCUACAACACCUCGACGGGCAAACACAGCAAAACGUUUAAAGGAUCGACCAGCGACGACGGAACUCUUAUCAAACUCUGCCUGGACAACAGCGGACUUUACGUCGCCACUAGUUGCACGGACAAAACACUGGCCGUGUACGAUUACUACUCGGGUGAAUGCAUGGCUACCAUGUACGGCCAUUCGGAGCUUGUAACCGGAUUACGCUUUACCAACGACGGCAAACACCUCGUCAGCGUGUCUGGCGACGGCUGCGUCUUCAUCUGGAAAUUGCCGCACGAUAUGACGGUGACGGUCCAAGCCCGACUUGCCCAGCAGACGGCUAGAGCGGCCAAGGAGAGCCGGCGUGCCACGUACAACGCUCACGGAGGCAGCGGAAGUGGUGGGCCACUUUCACCGGAACUGAAAACCGACAAUGAAGAGUUCGGCUCUCCGCCACCGGAACUGUUCGAUCCCAACGCCAACGCUCAUCAGCAGGGGAUGGAAGAGGAUUAUCGCUUCAGCGUCGGCCAGCUGCCGCACUGGGCCAAGAAGCAAAUCGGUGAAAACAAUCCGGCCAAGCCAGGAAGCAAUGCCAAAGGAGGAGUCGACUUGCCGAAAGGUCGCUGGGCCCAGCGGAUGGACACGACCAACGCAUCCGGCAUCACCGUCAAAUCCUUUUACCAAGGCGACAGUGUCAUUCCCUUUCCUCCAUCUCAGAUGGAAAAGGGAAACCUGGCCGACUCCGACGGUUCCAAGGACAGUUCGCUGGAGAGUAACGAAUUCCGCAGCUACGGCCGUAACGAUGGAACGUUUCUUAAGGAGAACGGGCCUGACGAAUUUGUCCCUUGUCCCGCGAGCCUUGAUGAAAUUGAGCGCGCUUCUCUCGCUUUCCAGAUCCCGACGUCGAAAAUCACGCGACGAGGUGGCGAAAGUUCUGCAGAAAGCGGACGUGGGCGAACGCUGACGGACGAUAGCAGCGCCAGCAGUUUAAAAAUGGAGGAUUUCGAGGGCACCGAGCACGAUGGUGAUGUCGAGGAUUAUUCGGACAACGAGUCAACCGAGCCCGAACAAACGGAAAAGCUUAUGUAUUAUCCUCAAAACGAGGAGACUAGCAGUGAUUACACCGUCAACGCCAUGGAUGUGGAAGAAUUGCGUCGAUCGCAGCGCCGCAUGAAGAAACCGCGAUCGACCGCCUCUGAGCUCGGUAUGGGUUAUUUGAACCCGCCGAGUAGCACCGUGUCCGUCUCGGGAUCCCAAGAUUCUGACGAAGACGAUGACGAGGUGUCCACUCCUAGCGGCGAGCUUGCCGAGAGAAAUCUACUUUCUCUUCUGUCCGUUAGUUCUGAAAGUCUGGAUCGAGUUGGCCGUCGCGAGACUUACCUGAAAAACAAUUUCGAGUCGCUUGGAGAGCAAAACGAUAACCAAAACAACUUGGAUAUGACGGUCGUCUCUGCCGAGACGGAGGACGUUUCCUCGCUCAACAAGACGAAUAUGAGCAGUUUGACUUCGAAAUUUUUGACGAAAACCAACAGCAACGCGGACAUGAUCAGCGCAUUAAAGGCGACCCAGCGUGAUCCGGAGGCCGUCCGAAAGCGCGAAGAACUUCAACGCAGAAUCGAGGAGACGCGGCGCAAGUUGCAAAGCAUUGGUUACAAGUCCAACUUAAGGAACAGUCAGAGUAUCACCGAUCUUCGAGAAAGUGGACCUGCCUCGCUGACGGCCUCGCCAACUCCGAACGUGACGUCAUCGGCCGCCGGGUUGGGAGGCGCUGGAAUGUUGGACUCGUCGUCGUCGUCGUCGUCGAUGGGUGGCCGCACUUGGGGAUCGGCCAAGGAUCGAGUUGCCAACGAUGGGGAAGCUGAUGGUGAGAACGGCAACGGUGGUCUGCGUCGGGCCUGCUCGUUGAGCGACCUCUCGAAGCCUUCGCCACGUAGACUCUUGCCCUCUCCACCCAACAAUGUGUCGGGGAAAGUGUCGCGACCAAUGGCCACCACUCCACAGGCCCAGCCACAACCUCAGAAAGCCAGGCAGUUUGUUCAAACUCAGCCUGUCAAGCGGACGUCCCUCAGACCCGUGUCGGCCGAUCUGACUCGUAGCUCUUCUAUGGGAUUUCUCAAUCAGGCCAACGAUUCCGACAGUGAACUCAAGCGACCGCAAUCGAGCGCAUCUGGUUCGACCAGUCACAUCCAUUCCAAUCGUGCAAACCUAACAGUCGCUUCUGGCGUUUCGAAAUCGCCUUCGUUUGGGUCCAUUUCGCGGCCGUUGUCUAACCAGUCGGCCAUGCGACCGACCAUCAGCUCGGCCAACAAAGUGGCCGCCUCUGGGGUUGGCAAAGUCGGUCCAGGUGGAGGCGGCAACGCGGGCACUCCGAUGAAAUCAUUGCAACCCGUUCGCCGCAUUUCUUCAGCCGUGUCAACUGGCGACAUCCAACAGGCGUUGCAUGACUCAUCCAGCUCGGAGGAUACUGGCGCAACCGAGCCAAAAACCAACGUCAAGGCUAGGGUGAUGAGCUUCGAGAAAACGGUGGGCGGACGCAACGAGAAAGCCCGUUCGCUUCUUCUCACUCCGCCUGCCAAGACCAAUCCGGCCCGCCGCAGUCUUUUCAACAGUCCAGUCACACCUACGUCAUCUACUUCGGGCAUUGGCGCACCCCGAUCGGUACCGGCCACUACCCUCGCCGAAAGCGGCCAUCAACAUGAUGCCAACAAAGUGCUGUCACGGGCCUCGUGCGAAUUGGCUAUCGAGGCCAUGAAAGCGUCGACCGAACAGCUCCUGCUUUUACAGCGCCGAUUGGCGGGCGGGACUGGAUCAUCGGAAGGUUCCGAAUCGAAUCUGUCUGAUCGAGAACGCGCCGAAUUGCUUCAAUUGCUCUCCACGGCUUCUGUGCCCAUAAUCCAAAGUCUGAAAACACUGCAAUUUCCGCCAGCGGGCAUCGAGCUGGACCGGCUGGCCAAUGCAACGUCGCCGCAACCGAGCGAAAACAACCCGUUAAUGGUCCAAAUGAUGCAGCAGUACUCUGAUAUGCUGCUCUCGAUGAUUCACCAAAGGAUGGGCGUACCAGCUCCACCUUCUCCUAGAUAGUUCCCGAGUCUCAACAGCCAUAGAAGAGAAAAGAAAUGAAAAGAAAAAGACGCCCUUAAUAGCUGUAAUCCAGUCAGGCGUUGUUAAUUGCCACACAUCACGAGAUGUAUAUUCCUGAACGAGAAAUCCUUCAAUGACCCCCUUCCCUCUCCCUUCUUCGCUGUAUUCUCAGUUGCUAAACGGAAGUUAGAGGCCAUGUAAAAGGGUCCGCCAGUCGAGCUCUCUUUCCCUCUUUUUUUUUUUUUUUCCUUUCUCUUUUGGAAGCCCCGUCCAUCUUAUAUACGAUGUGCGAAGCCGUCGGUGCCAUUUCCGUCAUUCUCUACUUCCGUGUUUGAAUAUUUUUUUUUUUUUCACAAUCUUUUAAACUCUCCAACAGGGUUUCAUUGUCUGAAAUAAUCCAUCAACUCCAGUUAUUGUACCAUUGCGGCGGGAACGGUAACAUUCCUGUCUCUUUUUGGUUCCGUCGAUUAACGUGUUAUUUGCGAUAUUUAGUAAGGGCUUCUAUGGUUUAUUUGCCAAUCAAAUUUUUUUUUUUUACAUACAAAAAGACUGAGACUAAUUAACUACAACAUUUCCAUUCAUUCCAACCCAAUCGCUUUCGACGCGGUCAAAUUUUCAAAUCGGUCAGAAAUUUUUCAAUCAUUUUUUGUUUGUUUUUUAAGAUUAUCACGAAGUACGAUGCAGCGCGUAGAAUAAGCCACCCCCCAUCCCCUCAGCACUGUACAUUAUAUCUGUAACAUAGUUAUUAAAAGAAAUGAAAGGAAAUGGAGGAGUUUCCGUGCCAUAUUGAGACGUUGGAGGCCACUUCAUAUUCCGUCAAUGUCUCACUAUUCGAUUGGCAUGUUGGAAACCGUCUGCAUCCACCAUGAGCCAAGCCUUUUCUGGGAAAUUAAGUUGCCCUAUGAUGCAUGAUUUUCUUCUGUAGACCAUACUUCCAUCAGUAAAAGUUCCAGGUUCAACAUUUUUUCGGCAUUGCAUUGCUAACAAAAUGAGCGAAAUAAACAUACUUUGAAAAUUGUAAAAA